AUGGAAGAGGAUUCAACUAUGAAUGAUUACGAAGUCAAUUCAACGAUUCAUGAAGAAGAUAGUGUGUUCAGUAACCUCUUUGAAGCUGAAUCGAGUAAGUUUUCAAAUUUUCAGCUUAAAAUUGAAUGUUCGGUUAACAAGCCAUGUAGUAGCUGGAAUAACAGUAGGAUGAUAGAAACAGAUGAAGGUGAAAUAUGUUGGAUACCGGAAGUAGAGGAAGAUGUAAGACCAGUUAAGGGUCAAGUUUUUGAUACAAUAGAUGAUUGCAUUGAAAUGUAUGAGAGAUAUGCGUACCAAGCGGGUUUUGACACUAGGUUAUCCACACAGAAAAUAACAAACAAUGGAGUGGUUAGAUUGAAGUACAUUUUGUGUAAUAAAGAAGGCAAACCACAAGGUGUAAGCAUAGAUACACUGAAUCACGAAAACAGUGGCAAAAGAGUACGUAUUUCGUCACUGCAAGUGACAGGAUGUGAAGCACAUGUCAUAUUCAAGCUGAUUGAAGGCCGACAAUUGUACGUAUUAGAAGAGUUUGAGGAAAAACACAAUCAUCAACUGAAUUCGGUGGAGCAUAGACACUUGUCGAGAAGACAAAGAAAAUUGGGAAUCUCUGAAUUGACGUUUAUUAAUAAGGUUUCAACUUCGAAUAUAGGAGCGACAAGAGCUCAUCAUAUCUACAGCAAUAUGCUAGGUUCUUACAAGAACACACACGGCACAGUGAACGACUUCAAGAACUACAAGAACAAAAUCAAUUGUUUUAUAAGCUCAAGUGACGCGCAGAUGUUCGUAAAUAGAAUGGAAAACAGACGAGAGCAUGUCCCAAAUUUUACCUUCGAAUACAAGGUAAAAGAUAACAGUGAGUUGGAGUGUAUGUUUUGGGCCGAUGAGACAGCAAAAGCAAAUUUUAAAGAAUUUGGAGAUAUCAUUUCAUUCGAUGCUACUUACAGGACAAACAGGUACAACAUGAUGUUUGUCCCAUUCACUGGGAUAGACAACCAUAAGAAGACUGUGUCUAUCGGAGCUGGUAUGCUUAGGGAUGAAACAACAGAUUCUUAUGUGUGGUUGUUGAAAGCGUUUUUGGAUACAUUUGGAAGCCAACCAAAGAUGGUCGUCACAGAUCAAGAUGCAACAAUGAAGAAAGCCGUUGAACUCGUCUUAACGGAAUCAAGGCACCGACUGUGCAUGUGGCACAUCACUCAGAAGCUGCCGAUGAAGGUAGGAAAACGCAUGUUUGAUAAUACUGAUUUCAAGAAGAAGUUCAAUGACAUAGUUUGGAACAUAUCAUUGAGUACAAAGACGUUUGAGAAAAGAUGGGCAGAGAUAAUGAAGGAAUUCAAGUUGGAAGAACAUCCAUGGUUCACGCAUAUGUAUGAUAUCAGGUCUACAUGGAUACCAGCUUACUUCACAGACUUACCGAUGUCGGGUUUGAUGAGAACCACCUCAAGAUCGGAAAGCGAAAACUCAUUCUUCAGCAAUUUCACAAGUGGUGGAGCAAUGUUGAUUCAAUUUAUGAUGUCAUAUGAGUCUGCCAUGGAGAGGCAGGGGAGUAGGCUAGAGGUUCUCGACCACCAGACGCAUAACAAGAGACCACCGCUUCAAACCCCUCUUCUUAUUGAAGAACACGCUUUCAAUGUUUACAUGCGUACCAUUUUCUUGUUAGUGCAAAAAGAAAUAUAUUUGGGAAGUUGGCGGUGUUCUCGGCAUUCCGUAACCUCAGGGAUGCAAGGAUGUGAUGUGAUUGUGGUUAAAGAGAUUAGGGAAGUUAAGAAAAACAUACAAAAAGUGGUGGUCGGCAAAAAGAAAGACAAGAAUGUUGAAGUGGUUGAAGACAUCAAAACUGUGGAUCCAGAAGAAGCUGAAGAUGAAACCGAAAAUGAAACAGGGAUGGGAAGCACAACCAAAACUGUGGAAAAAGAAUAUACUUUCCAGAGCUUACAUGUUCAACAAAUUCCAGAAAAAUACAUCCUAAGAAGGUGGAAAAAGGAUUUGAUACCUCCAGGAAUGAGAACACGAAGAUAUAUUGGAGAAGGUGGGUCAAGUGAAGAAUGUGAGAGGAUGGGAAAUGAGUUGCAUUUUAUGGUAGAUGUUUGUGUAGAUAUAUUGCAGAAGGAUGAGGAAAAGCCGUCUCAUUUUGUUGAAAAAGUCAGGGUGCUAAAAGAUGAGAUAGAGGCUGCACAUUCAAACUCAAGAUCAAACGAUCAUGAUGAGGCAAUAGAGAGAUUCUUAGGAGUUACCAAGCCAAGUAACAAUGAUGUUCAAAAUCCACCUGUUUUACCAUACAAGGGAUGCGGAAAAGACAGCAGGUUAAAGUCUCUAAACGAAAAGGUGACUGAAAAAUAUCUAAAGCCAAAAAGAAAGUGCAGAAAGUGUGGGACAUUGACAAGUGAUCACGACGCAAGGAAUUGUGAAAAGAAGAAAGCAGAAAAAGCUAAAGCAGAGGCAGUGGCUCAAGCUCUUGAAAAACUUGAAAAGAAUUAA